CGACGGUGACACUUGACUUCAAAAGUCAAAACUGAAAACGAUGGCCGGAAUAAUAAACUCUUCACCGGCGACGAUUAAACUGUCCGUCGUUCUAUUCCUCCUUCUCACGAUCUCAUCCCCGUCCUCCAUUUUCGCCAACGCCUUCUCCUUCCCAUUCUCCUCCUUCUCACAAUACAAAACCCUAAUCUCAACCUCGCGAUCCCUCCUCCUCCGCGUCGCGAACCUACGCGCUUCCCGCGGAGACUCCUUAGGAUCGUCUCGCGUGCGAGCGAUGGCUGAGGAGAUGGAUCGUGGGCUAGGGACAGGGCUUCUGAGGAGAGCGUGGUCCGUUGGGUGGGAUUACAUGUGGAAUUACGCUUGGAGAAAGGGAGGGAUUGACUACGGUGAGGUGUACGGUGUGAUCGGUGAUCUCAAUGAGCUUAUGGGUUUAGUUACGGAGUUCAAUCGUGCUGAAUCGAGUGCUGAGAAAGCGAGCUCUGUCGCGAGGAGUUAUGGGAAAGCUCUUCGUGUCUCGAACAAGUUGCUUCGUCGCCUCCUUAGGAUCUUUGGUAAAUCGGGAGCAUUGAGGGAGUUUUGGGAGAUGGUGCAAGCUGAAUUAGUGGAUGGAGAGUUACUACAAGACUGUAUUGAAGUGGGGAGUAACGAUGUUAAGAGUUUGCUUCAAAUAGCGAAAGACAUGGCUCUACAUUUCUUUUCUUCUCCAAGCCGAUCCUCUGAUGAGUAUGAGUUAUAGGCUUAUAGCUACAAAAAAAAAAAAAUGAAGAGUUUGCACGUACGUCUCUUCUUUUUCUUAUAGAAAAUCCUUGGCCUUCCUGAGUUGCUUUUCAUUUUGUUAUGUAUCGAAUGCGAUUCUUUUGGCAUGUUGUAUAAAACGUAGACUGGCAUUAGCUAAAAUCCUCUAGGAAAUUCUCCAAAACCAUUUUGUUCGUUACAUCUUUGCUAGAUAAGUUAAAGAGACUUAAACCACGGUUUGUUCUUUUAUAGUGUGUGUUUAAGAGAUUCUUAUUAGACUAGUA